AUGGGGAACAACCCCUCUACCUCCAAACCCUCGAACCCGUCCAGCCAGCAGCAUGAGCCGCCCCGGCCUGGGAGGCGCGAUAUCAACAAGCAUCCCAUACCGGUCCACCACCAGCGCACUGCCGCCCCGCCCGAGCCGUCACUCACACAAGCCCAGGGCACUGCCGUGCAGCCGACAUCGAGCAGCAACCGCCCGAGGUCGCUACAACACCGGGCCGCGCACUCUCUGAGCAAUUCGCCCGCCAGCUCCGUGACCUCCUCUACCAAACCCGUCGACGUCAAGGCACCCAGGCCCAGCUCGAGCCAUGAGCCUACCAAGCCAGUAGCAGUCCCCAAUUCGCAAAACUCGCAAAACUCUCCCUCUUCGCCCCGGCCACCUAGGUCAGAUCCAUACGAAACCGCUAUCAUGCCCAUCAGCAGCCUGCAGGACGUCUCAUACCUCACCCGGCCGCCCCGCCUACCCCUACCCAUAGAGGAAGAGGUGCACACGCCCGGAUCGCCGAUAAUUGCGCCAACUGACGUUGAUGACCCGAUUGACAAUGUCGACGGCCUGGACUCUGGCGUACUGCCUCGGCCGUCCUCGACCCUGAGUAACAACUCAACCAUUGAGGACGAGGACCUUGAAGAGCUGCGUGUUGAUAAGACGAGACCCACGGUUCCUACGAGACUCGAAUGGCUACGCGGCGGUGACAAGGUCUAUGUGACUGGAACCAUCUUUCAGUGGAACCGCAAGACCCGCCUACAUCCAGUGGAGGGUCGGCCGGGUGCCUUCUCGGCCACGGUCAAUAUUCUCCCAGGAACACACCAUGUACGUUUUCUUGUGGAUGGUCAGAUGCAGACCUCGCCCGACUUGCCUACGACGGUAGACUUUGGCAAUAACCUGGUCAACUACAUCGAAGUGAAUCCCGACGACCUGCUGUCCGAUGCUCCAGAGACAUCUGGCGCGCCCGCAGGGACCGAUGCGCAGCAGGCUGCUCAGAUAAAUCGUUCCGCGUCGUCUGAAGACCAGGCAAAUAAACUGCCAAAAGACAGGGAUGUGCCUCCAGUGGACCAGUUCGCUGACAAGAUUCCCAAAUACCUCAUCGAUUUCGACCAGCCCGAAGAUACGCCAGCGUAUCAUAAUGCUGUCACAGCUAUCGACAAGCUUCCAACCCCGCCUGCUCUCCCAGGGUUCCUCGGCAAGCCCAUACUUAACGCUGCCACUCUGAUUAAGGACGACAACAGUGUGCUAAACAUGCCAAACCAUACCGUUCUGAACCACCUGGCUACCAGCAGUAUCAAGAACAAUGUUUUGGCUGUUUCGGCAACGACAAGAUACAAGAGCAAGUAUGUGACUACUAUCAUGUAUAAGCCAACGACUAUGGAAGGUAUUUGA